AUGAUACCGAGUAUUAUUUAGUAAAAUUUAAUUUAAUUUAAUGACAAUACAGUGAAAGAUAAUGGAUGCGUAUUGUAUGGCUAAAAUAUAGGUUCAACACUUAGAAAGUUAUUGCUAAACAUUAAUAAAGAUCUUAAAACGAUUGUUGUAGAAGGAGAUUUUUCUUAAAAUGAGCCUAUGAUUGUUAAGAAUUUCAGAAGUGGUGAUUAUUUAGUACUGGAUGAUAUUUAGAUAGUAGAUGAAGAAAAUUAUAAUUUUAAGUAUGAUCCUUUACUUAAAUAUAGUAAAAGUGCUACAGAAAUAAUAUAACAAACUACUUUGAGUAUUAACAUGUAAAAUAAAAGUGAAAAAAUGAAUAUAUUUGGAGGAAUUAUAGUAACUUAUUAGAAAGGAAAGUUUUCUUUUAAUGUAAGUCUUUCUUAUAUUCCAAAUGAAAGUUCAAAAUUUUAGAUAUUAUCUUAAACAAUACCAGCUCUUUAUGAUUAUAAAGGAAAUUUAUUUUUAGAAUAAAAGUAGUUAUAUCUCAAUUUAAAAGUUGAUUUUAGAUAAUGCAUAACAGGAGAAGUGCAAAAAUAAUUUUUCUCAUCUAUCAUUUGUGAUUAAUGCCCUGAUGGUAAAUAUUCUUUAAACGUUAAUGAUCAGGCUUGUUAGAUUUGUCCGUCCUAAGCUGUUGAGUGUUUUGGUUCUUAAAUACAUGUAAAAAAUGGAUAUUGGAAAAAAAAUAAUCAGAGUGAUUUGAUUAUUUAUUGUGAGAAUGCUCCAGAAAAUUGUUAACCACAAAGCUUGAGAUCAAAAUUUGGAUGUGCUGAAGGCUAUGUUGGUCCUUUGUGUGAAUAAUGUGAUUUUUUUGGUAAUGUUUGGGGAUAAAGAUACUCGACUACAUUCAAAACAUUUAAUUGUUCCAAAUGCUCAGAUAUGUUAGUAUUAGCAGGUUUCGAAUAAGCAAUAUUCAUAAUUUUUCUAACUUUAUACAUCUACAUAUGUAAUAGAAAGAUCAUUAACUAAAUAGAAAGAGAUCUAUAAAAUUACUAUAUUAAAAUGAUGGGUCUGAUUUAUCUCAGCAAUUCUGUAUAUAAGACUAAUUCUACAGUAUGUUCAAAGAUUCUAAUUGACCAUUUGCAAGUAAUAUCUAUUUUAAGUAGCCUUUCAUUCUAAUUUCCUACUAUUAUUUAAUUUUCAUCAAAUGUUGGAGGAAAUCCUUUACUUAUAUAAACUAACAUAUUUGAUUGCUUUUAUCCUAGUGAAAUUAGAAUUCCUAAGUGGUUUGCUAAAGUAAUUUGCUCAUUAAGUCUGCCUUUUGUUAUUUAUUUACUUAAUUAAAUAAUAAACAUUUUAUUAAAAGUAUUUUACAAGAAAAAUACUCAUUAGAGGUAUUAGAAAAGUACGAUGAUUUUCUUUUAUUUCUAUUUUUAUCCAUCUAUGAUAUUCGUAUUAAUAAAAUCAAUAAAUUGUAUAAAUAUUGGAAAUCAAAAAUAUGCUUAAAUCGACACUUUGAUAAGCUGUAGGGAUUUUUCUGAACACUUUUUUUAUAACUUAAUUUUUAGCUUUCCAGUUAUAAUUGUGGCAUGUGUUGCCAUCCCAUUUUAUUUUAUUCAUAAAGUAAGAUAAAAUAUUAAUUUAAAUCUCUCUAAAAUAUAAAAGAGUUCUUAUUAGUUUAUUUAUGAACCAUAUAAGAACUAAUACUACUACUGGGAAUUUGUUAGAUUGUUGUAUAAGAGUGCUGUUAUGAUUUCUUCAAUAUUUUUGUAAGAGUAUCUUUCUUUAAAGACUUGCAUAGUUAAUUAGAUAUUGAUAUUGUACAAUUACAUUUAGAUGAGAAUUAAUCCGUUUACUCAUUAGCUACAUAAUCAAUUGGAGAAUUAGUCUAUACUAAUAAAUUCUACUAUUAGAUUUAAAACAGCUUUGAAAAUUAAAAAAUUAAGACUUUAACUAAAGAGUAUAUAUGAAACUAGAAUAGAAAGAUCAAGUGCUAUUAAUACAGGUUUAAAAUAAUCAUAACAAUCUAUGAUAUUUAAUUCACGAAAAAUAACAAAUUAAUUUAAGGUAUAGCUUUUUAGCUAAUAAGCUGAUUAUGAAACUAUAAACAGUGAAUUUGAUAAUUUAAAGCAAUCACAACAACCACUAUCACUUUAGACUAAAUAUUAGCUUUCUCCAAAACUUAAAAAUCAAGAUUCCACCCUUUAUAGAUAAGAAACGAGUGAUUUUUAUUAGAAUUCAUCGAGAUAGAACAAUUUUUAGUUUAGAUUGAUAAAUUUUUAAGAUUAAAACCAAGAUGAAGUAGUUGAAAAAUAAAUAAAUUAAGCUCAAUGGUGA